AUGGCGUUUGACCUGCCUCAACAGCAGCUUUUCCUUGCCCGACACCGAGUGGAAAACACUAAACCUGGUAAUCUGAAACCGGUAACCGAAAAACUACGCGUCGGUAGUACGGUAUGGCACGAGCUGGUGCAGACAUACGGCUUCACGUGCUGCACCGACGUCCAGGGAUCCUGCAAGGCGGCCUGCGAGAAUCUGUCACUGGCACGCAUCGCCUCCGAACCGGGCUCGCGGGAGGCCAAGCUGGCGGACGUGCGCAAGUACUGCCCACUGCAGCAGCAGGCCCCAUUCUGGCAGUGCAUGAACGAGACGCUCGCAGCGAUCCAGCGCGGUGCGGCGUGGCCAGGUCGCGUCUGCUGCCCGCUGGCGAUGUCCGUCAGGUGUCAGAACGUGUGCGCCACGGGGUCAUCGCGGGAUGAGCUGGUGACCGGAUGCCGCGCGAGCGACGAACAGAGCCUGUUCGGGUGUCUGAAGCGCCAGGAAGACGGCCAUCGAUGCUGCAGCAGUGCGCGGACGUCGGAGUGUGUGCACGCGUGCAGCGAGGUGUUCCAGCGCUACCGAACACCAUCGAAGGCGCAGCGGGAGGAAGUGCUAGCCGCCUGCCGCACCAACAACAGCAACGUGAUGCAGUGCAUCAAGGGAUUCAUCGAUGUGACCUUCACGCCGAACCUGAAGCGCUAUGUGCCGUGCUGUGACAGCUCACCGGAGCCCAAGUGCCGGAAGGUAUGCCGGGAGACGCUCACCGCCGGCGGCCCAGACUCGGAGCCGUACACGGUCGAGGAGAUCAUAGACCUGCUGCAGCACCGGGGUGGCUGUGGGGCGCUGAUGCCCACGCUGCCCCUCUGGAAGUGCUUCAUCGAGGCGGACAAGCAGCGGACGGCCGGGCAGCAGGUCAACUCGAACGAGGUGUCACGUAUCAACCAGAUCGGCAUGGACUCGGCCAAGCAGCACUGCUGCAUGAAGGCCGAAUCGCUCCGCUGCCGGCUUCUCUGCUCAACGACCUUCGCCAACGAGUGGACGCUGGACGACUUGGAGCAGGAGUGUCUGGGGGCGCCCGAGGAGCACGCGCUCCGCCAGUGCAUCGACGAAGUGGACGAACCGUGCGAGCUCGGGUGCGACGGGCUGUCGUUUUGCAGUAACUUCAACAACCGGCCGACGGAGCUGUUCCGCAGCUGCCGGGCGCAGUCGGACAUGGCGGCCCGGAGUGACGUACAGCAGUGGCGCCAGCAGGGCUACAUCCCGUUCCCGGGCGGCGUUCAGCUGCCGAUCCGCAACCAGACCGAGUGUUCGUUCGAGAUCUGGCGCUCGAUCGCGUGCGCCGCCCAGAUCAAGCCGUGCACCAAGGACUACCACACGAACCACAUCUGCCGGCAGGACUGCGCGGAGGUGCUGAAGAACUGCGUCGACUGGAUGCGCAUGCCGGAGGGUCACUCGGUGUCGUCUCUGUGCCAGCGUCUGUCGCCCCAGAACAGUUCCAUGCCGUGCAUCUCGAUGGGUACGUUCCAGCUGGGCCCCACGGGUGAGGUUGUGCUGGUGUCACCGUGUAAGGGAAAUCCGUGUAACUCCACUCAGGUGUGCGUCGCGAACCGUGACGGUACGCACGGGUAUCGGUGUGUCGACGGGUGUCCGCUGGGUGAAGCAUCGUCCUACCUGGUUCCGGUUGGGACAUUCGUGCGCAUCCCGGUGUCGGCCACGCAGAAGGGUUGCCUCAAAGUGUGCCGCUGCGGAGAGUCAGGCCGGAUCGAGAAGUGUCAACCGCUUCCGUGCAUCAGCUACAACGCGUGCAGUCUGGCCGGGCGUCGCUUUCCGCAUCUCUCGCACUUCUACGUUGAGUGCAAUGUGUGCAGCUGUUACGCCGAAGAGAUCACCUGCACCAAGAGACAGUGCCGCGUGCCGGGUCUGACGGAGGAUCGUGCCUUCACCACGCUGCCCUGCAACUGUCCGCCACACUACGUGCCGGUCUGCGGUCGAAAUGGGGCCACCUAUCCAUCGGCUUGUGUGGCUAAGUGUGCCGGACUGUCGGAUGACGAUAUCCAGUUUGGACCGUGCCGGGCGAGGAACGGCUGCUAUCAGGUCGAUUGUGGACCACUGAGUGUCUGCCUGCCCGAGUGGAACGUGUGCCUCUCGGGGAUGCACAAACCGUGUCCGCAGUAUCGAUGUGUGAACCAUACUACCACGAAUUGCUCCUCGAUCACCAACAUUCGCGAUACGGAUCUCGUGUACCAUGCGAACCUCUGCGAGAUGGUACAUGCGGGAGCCACCUACGCCUACCAGGAGAAGUACCGGAAGCACUGCGACACGUCCCCGCGCCGGAACCAGGUGUGCGCCGUCAACGGGAUCACCUACCGGAGCGAGUGUGAAGCAUGGAGCGACUACUCCACCGUCGACUACAACGGUCCCUGCCAGGAGGUUGGCCUCAUCAACCCCCAGCUCGAUGCGCGCUGUUCGUCGGUCAAGUGUCCGAAGCGAAAAGCGCACGGUUGCAACCCUGUCCUUCCACCGGGUGCCUGCUGUCCCGUGUGUGGCAUCGCCAUCCGGAUCGUGUACUCCCGCAAACAGAUCGACCGUGGGCUGUACGCCCUGAAAGGCACCUCGCCGGAGUACCUCACGCUCCGGUCGAUCCUCCGCUCGCUCGAGGCACUCCUGCAGACGGUCGAGUGCCGGCUGGCCGGCCAGCUGACGUUUGAGAACGACAUCUACGUGAUCGUGGAGACGCUGGUGAAAAACCCUUCCCGGUUGCAGACGCAAAUAUGCGCCCGGGAAGCCGAACGACUGGUGACGCUCGUGCGCACCCAAAGCCACCGUAUUACGAGUGAGCUAAACCUCAGUGCGCUCACGGUGGCCACCCUGGCAACGGCCGGGAACGCUGGCCGCACGCUGUACAGUAGCAUAGUGGUAGUAGUAGUAGCAGCAGCAUUAGGAUACUUGGUCGGUGGUGCCCGCGGGCACUAA